AUGAAAUUAACCACACAUGGGUCUGUUCCGGUGUACACGAUAGCUGGCGCAUCCACAGCGAGACCGCUCCCAGAAUGGCUCGCUAAGAAGCGGAAACGAAGCCUGAAAAAAGAUUCUGAAUAUGCGAAUCGAAUCGAACUUCUUCAAGACUUUGAGUUCGAAGAGGCCAGUGCUUGUACGCGUGUAAGCCAGGAUGGCGAAUGGGUUAUGAGCACAGGCACGUAUAAACCUCAGAUUCAUGUCCACUACUUGCCACAUCUGUCGCUCUCUUACGCUCGUCAUACCAACACUAUCAAUCAGACCUUCAUUCUGUUGUCUUCCGAUUACAGCAAAUCUUUACAUCUCCAGACAGAUCGUUUUCUGGAGUUCCACACGCCUGGCGGUCUGCAUACAACUUCGCGAAUACCACGCUAUGGGCGUGAUCUCAAGUACAACAACCGCUCAGCCGAGGCUCUCAUACCAGCUGUAGGUGUGAACUCUGACGGCCUUGGUGAAGUGUUUCGAUUAAAUCUGGAGCUUGGAAGGUUCAUGAAGGCAUAUGAAGUUGAAGUGGGCGGCGACGACUUUUCCUCGCUUGGCGGAGGCGCAUUACAGGGAGGCAUUAAUGUCGGAGCUGUCAACUGCGCAGCAAUUGCAGAGGAGAGUCAUGGGCUCUUGGCAUUUGGGACCUCAAUAGGUUCAGUCGAAUGCUGGGAUUCGAGAUCACGGAAUCGAGUCAGCAUACUAGGGCCUCCUGCGGCAGCAUCGGACGAGGAGUUCAGCCAACGGCCAGAGAUGACUGCGCUUGCAUUUCAUCGUUCUGGGCUCAACCUGGCGACAGGAGACAGCAACGGAAUGGUCCGAACGUAUGAUCUGCGAUCACCGGUACCACUCUCACAAAAGUCUCAGGGCUAUGAUUUUCCCAUACAGAAUCUCGCGUACAUCAACGCGCCGCUGUCGUCAAGCAAAAUUAUGAGCGCAGACAAGAAGUGUAUCAAAAUCUGGGAUGUCGAAAGUGGCGAAUUGUGGGCAAACAUGGAACCUGCCGUGGACCUAAAUCAUGUCGAGUGGGUACCUGAUAGCGGCAUGCUCUUGACGGCGAACGAAGGACGCCAGCAGCAUUCAUUCCUCAUUCCCCAGCUUGGUCCUGCGCCGCGAUGGUGCGCAUUCUUAGACAACCUUGUCGAGGAGAUGGCUGAAGAUGCCGAGGAUCCCAACGCUUUCAAAUCGGCAGGUACCGGUGGUGGUGAGGUUUACGACAACUACAAAUUUUUGGACAUGAAGCAGCUGCGUGAGCUCAGUCUCGACCACUUGGUCGGCACAACCAAUCUCCUUCGACCUUACAUGCACGGAUAUUUCGUAGCACAGCGACUUUAUGAGCAAGCCAAAUUGCUUACCAACCCUGACCUGAUGCAACAACAAAGACAAAAAAGCAUUCAGGAGAAAAUCAACAAGGAGCGCGAAAGCCGCAUUCGUGGCCAAAAGAAAGUGGCUGUCAAGGUCAAUCGCAAAUUCGCCGAGGCACUUGCUGCCAAAGAAGAGGCUAGGGAGAAUCGCAGGGCGCAACGUCUACUUCGCAAGGGGCAAGCCGAAACAUCUGCAGGAACCGAGGAUCCCACGCAGGUCGAUCCCGAGGCCGAAAACCCAGUUGCGGCCGGCCUGGUCGACGAUCGUUUCAGAAGCGUUUUCGAAAACGAGGAUUUCGAGAUCGACGAGAACAGUCGAGAGUACGCCCUCAGCAAGCCGACUGCUCCAACUGUCGGCAAGCGUGGGACCGACGAUUUCGAGGACGAUGCCUCGGGCGGAGACAGUGCCGAAAGCGAUGCAGACGGAGAUGGCGAAGACGUCGCGAUGCAAGACGCACCCCAUCGACAACGGUCCAGACGGACUGUCGACGAUAUCGAGGCAACCAAGGGACGAAUCGGCUCGUCGUCGUACCACAAGUCCGGGAAACGAUCACAACAAAAGGACGCUGGUCCGACCAUGCGCGUCUCGUCAUCUUCCCGAAAAGCUGCCCCUCAGCGGGAUCACAAGGGAACUUCCUUCGGCGAUCUCAAGUCUUCUCUGCCAAGCGAUCGGGGAAAUACAAAUGGCUCUGCCAAGCACGGUGAUGUGUUCGGCGAGAAGGAAAUCACUUUUGCGCCAUCGAAAUCGCAGAAGAAGACCAAUCGCUUCCAGGGAGAAAGAGAGGACGAUGUCGGGCGAUCAAGUAAACGGGGCAAAGAGCGGCGAAGCGCAAGCGGUAAUGUUUUCCGGCGUAUGUGA